GUGUGGGCUUUAGGGGGUGAGGAGGUUGGGUGCCAGGGACUGGGUGGAGGUGAGCAUACAGCGCCAGGCGCCACCAUCCCAGGGGGCCGUGUGGAUCGGGCUGGGGGCUCCCCAAUGAGCCCGGCUGCAUUGGAGCAGGAAGGCAGAGGGUUUCCAUGUCUCCUUGGCGCUUCAACCUUCCCUGGUUGCCCGUGGGUCAGGGGAAGGGGAUGGGAAUCUGCACCAGGCCCAGUCUGGGCGGUCGUGGGAGCCCUCUCUGACCCGGGCGGUGACAGUCAGACACGGGGUUGAGUACAGGCUCCCUGCCCUGGGGACAGCUCGUCCCCUUCCCGAGUAUGCAGCCUCGUGCUGCUUGAAUGGCUCCGGGUCCCCUCGCGCCAGGCACCGUACAAACCCCAAGGGACUUUGCUGCCUUGUGCUCCCUCCCCACCAUCCUAGUCAUCUGGAGAGCGUCUUCAGUCGCUUGCAUGUCAGUCAUUCCCUGGGACUCAAAAGUGUCAGGCUUGUAUAUGAAGCUGCGGGGGGGGGGGUUACAAGACCCCCCGCUCCCCUUUCUGAGCUGAUCCACUAUGGUCACGAGUUGUCACAGCCUCAGCUGUCAGAUCUCGGCUCCCGGCUUCUCCUUUUCCACCCCAUCUUCUGCAGCUGUGGAGGCUGGGACUUCUCCCCUGACUCCAGGAGAUGGGAAUUUAAGGCUAGGUGGGGGAAGCCCUACUGUAUAGGGCCAGCUGCAAACCAGGGGUUUCCUCCCGUGAGACUGACCGGCUCCGAUCCCUGCCCCUCUGCUCCAUGCUGGGCAUGGAUUAUACCAGGGCUGGGUCUGCCCCUGGGUUGAGCUGCAGAUGGGCAGGUCUGGCACCUGUGGUGUUGGGAGCCCUGGGAAUCCCCCUCCCCUGGGUCAUGGCAGGAGGCAGGUGCAGGAGCUGUAGAGGAGCCAGACCAGGUGAUCGAGGCCCUGAGAUAACCUGGACCCUUCCCCCUUCCUUCCUUGCCCAGAGUCGGGUUGUCUGUUAAUCAUCUCUGUGACACUCUGGGCCGGGGGCAAAGUCCUGGAGCUCGGGCCCAGCUAGCAGGAUGUUGCAGACUCUGUACAACUGCUUCUGGUGGGACCGGCUGUGGCUGCCGGCCAACCUGACAUGGGCCGACCUGGAGGACCGCGAUGGCCGGGUCUACGCCAAGGCGGCCGACCUGUACAUCAUCCUGCCCCUCGCCUUCCUCUUCCUCCUCGUCCGGCACCUCUUUGAGAUUUACGUGGCCACCCCAUUGGCCAGACUCUUGAACGUCAAGGAGAAGGUGCGGUUGAAAGCCAGCCCCAACCCCACGCUGGAGCAGUUCUAUGUCACGGCCUCCAAGCACCCCAAGCAGACGGACGUGGAGCUGCUGGCCAAGAGCAGCAGCUGCUCGAUGCGGCAGGUGGAGCGCUGGUUCCGGCGCCGGCGCAACCAGGACCGGCCCAGCCUGCUCAAGAAGUUCCGGGAAGCCAGUUGGCGAUUCACCUUUUACCUUCUUGCUUUCAUUGCUGGCAUGGCCGUCAUAGUGGAUAAACCCUGGUUCUACGACCUGCGGGAAGUGUGGAAAGGCUACCCCAUCCAGAGCAUGCUGCCCUCCCAGUACUGGUACUACAUGAUCGAGCUGUCCUUCUACUGGUCCCUGCUCUUCAGCAUCGCCUCCGACGUUAAGCGCAAGGACUUCAAAGAGCAGGUCAUCCACCACGUGGCAACCAUCAUCCUGAUCAGCUUCUCCUGGUUUGCCAACUACAUCCGAGCGGGGACCCUGAUCAUGGCCCUGCACGACGCCUCUGAUUACCUGCUGGAGUCUGCCAAGAUGUUCAACUAUGCUGGCUGGAAGAACACCUGCAACAACAUCUUCAUUGUCUUUGCCGCCGUCUUCAUCGUCACCCGCCUGAUCAUCCUGCCUUUCUGGAUCAUGCACUGCACGGUGGUGUACCCCCUGGACCUGUACCCAGCCUUCUUCGGCUACUACUUCUUCAACACCAUGAUGGCUGUGCUGCUGACGCUCCAUGUCUUCUGGGCCUACCUCAUCAUCCGCAUGGCCCAGAAGUUCAUAACUGGAAAGGUGGUGGAGGACGAGCGGAGCGACCGGGAGGAGACGGACAACAGCGAGGAGGAGGAGGAGGUGACAAAGAACGGGCCAAUCUCCAAUGGCCACCCUGUGCUCAACAACAACCACCGCAAGACCGACUGAGCAGCGCGGCCUGGCCCCCCACCCACCCCAGCCCUGCCCCAUCCACCCCCCAGUGCCACAGGUCCCAGGUGCCCGAGACUUCACAAGGACUCUUGAUUCCAGCCUGCCACAGUCUGUAGGGCAAAGACCCCCCUCCCCUCCUGGGCUAGCGGGAACAGCUGGCUCCUUACCGGCCCCCAGGUGGCCCCCCCCACCCCGUGCAGCCUGGCCGGCGGCGGGGAGGGGGCUCCUGCCCCCCUCUCUGCAUUCCUCUUCACCCAGCUGCCUUAAUGUCAACCCCGCAGGCGAGGCCUCCCCCUGGCAGCAGGGAUCAGGCCUAGGCAGGUGUUCUCAAUCCUGGUUCUUUACAUCCCUUUUUUCCACCCCCCACUCCUGAGCCUGGCGUGGGGCUUCCCCUUGCCCCAGUCAGCCGUGGGUCCCAGCACUGCGUGUCUCCCUGCAGCGGGCUCCCCUCGCCUCCCUGGGUAUGAACUCCAGCGAGGGGCCCGUUUGAAAUUGCAGGGAAGCUGUGGAGCCGCCUGGCUCCGAGGCUGUCGGAGCAGCCAACGCCCGGCUUCUUCCGCGUGCCUGAGAUCUUAGUCUGGCUCACAGCGGGGCUGGGCUUUUGGCCUCUCCUCCCACCCCCACGCUGCGUUGCAGACCCGGGCUCUCUGCCCAGCUCCCAGGUCAGCCAUGGGCUCUCCACUGGUGGCAGGAACGCCAAACCUAAGUGCCUCCCGCCAGCUGCCCCUAGCAGGAACGCCGGGAACGUGGCCUCGUUUCCCUCCUCCCUGCCGGCUCGCGGAUCCAAGUGCCUGUCGCCCUCCUGCUAUAAGCUGUGGCGGCCAGGAUAGCCGAGAACACUAGUGAAGGCAGUGGUGGGGGGAGCUGGAGCGUCCGGGCUCCCUUCCCGGUGCCUGCUUCCUUAGGAAGAGAAACCCCUUUGCCUCCCUUGUUGGCUGAGCAAAUUGGGCUCUGACCCCAUCUAUUAAAAGCCAGGCCCUCCGGCGCCCUCUUGUCCCCGCCCUGUCCCUUGCCCUGCCCUGGCUGCCAAAGGACAAACACCUUUGCGAUGGAUGUGUUUUUUUUUUCUAUUUAUUUUGAUAUAGGACUGAGUGCAGACAGGAACGAAGGGGCCAGGUGAUGGGGGGGGGACCAGUUCUGCCUCGCAGUGGGCAGAGGGGUUGGAGAAUGGACCAGUAACUGAACCGCAGACCAAAAUGGGUUUUGUUUUUGGGUUUUUUUUUUUUUUUUUUUUUUUUUUUUUAAGUUUAAAUAUAUUAGAAUGGAAACUAAUAAACUUGUGUAAAGAUGGACCCUGUGUGUGUGCACAUGUGUGUGCGUGUGCAUUUGCAUGUGUGUGCCUGUGUGUAUGUUUGCAUGUAUGUGUUGGACGGGGGGGGGGUGCUUGUGUGUUUGCAUUUACAUGUGUGGUGGGUGGCUGUGUGCGUGCCUGUGUGCUUGCACUUACAUGUGUGAGUGGUGGCUGGUUGUGCGUUUGGGUUUGUGUGUGGGCGCCUGUUUGCAUUUAUGUGUGCGGACACCUGUGUGUUAGCAGUGUAAGAACUACUUCACAGUUAGGGCGGCUAGGCUCUGGAACCGACUUCCAAGGGAAGUGGUGCUGGCUCCUACCCUGGGGGUCUUUAAGAAGCGGCUUGAUGCCUACCUGG